AUGGAGCUGGGAGUGUCAGGGACUCUUUUACUAGUUUUCUGUGUUAGUCUGGUGUUCUAUACCUUAAAAUGGAGAAGAAAACUUAGGAGAAAAAACUUGCCCCCUGGACCAACCCCCCUGCCCGGACUGGGAACCAUGUUACAUUUGAGUUCCAGUGAAAUGCCAAAGUCCUUGGUAAAGAUGAGCGAGAAGUAUGGGCCGGUGUUCACCAUUUAUAUGGCCAAUGACCCAAUGGUGAUCUUAGCAGGUUAUGAAUGUGUAAAAGAGGCCUUAGUGGAUCGCAGUGAUGCUUUCAGUGCAAGAGCUGUCACAAGUUUAGGUCAAUUUGUUUUCAUAGAUUUUGGUGUAAUCCUGAGCAACGGGGAGCGCUGGAAAUUGUUGCGUCGAUUUUCACUCACCACAUUGAGGAAUUUUGGGAUGGGGAAAAAAGGUCUUGAGGAAAGAAUCCAAGAAGAGGCCCAAUGCCUAGGAGAAGAAUUUAGGAAAAAUGGAGAUACCCCUUUCGAUCCAACUGAUCUGCUACGUCUGGCUGUCUCCAAUGUCAUCUGCUCCAUUGUAUUUGGGGAACGUUUUGACUAUGGGGAUGAGAAGUUCAUGACUUUGCUUUCUUUACUAAAGGAGCUCUUCCUAACUCUUGCUUCUCCAUGGGGUAUUCUUCUUAAUGUCUUCCCCAAAACCCUAUCGUACAUCCCUGGUCCUCAUCAAAAAGUCUUUACAAAUCUUGUAAAAUUGAAAGCAUUUAUUCUGGAGUCUGUAGAAAGCCACAAGAAGACGAUUGAUUUGAAUAGUUCCCGGGACUUCAUUGACAGCUUCCUGAUAAAGAUGGAGGAGGAGAGGAACAAUCCAAAGAGUGAAUUCCACUUCGACAACUUAUUUGGCACAGUAAUUGAUCUCUUUUUUGCUGGAGUAGAAACUACCAGCACAACCCUAAAAUAUACCUUCCUUAUCCUGCUAAAGCACAUAGAUGUAGCAAGGAAGAUACAGGAGGAGAUUGAUAACGUGGUUGGACAAAGUCGUUGUCCUAAAGUGGAGGAUCGGGCCAAGAUGCCAUAUACAGAUGCUGUCAUUCAUGAGAUCCAGAGAUUUGCGGAUAUCACACCUCUGGCUGUCCCACAUGCCACUAGCAAGGACACAGUAUUCAGAGGAUACAACCUUCCAAAGGGUAUAAUUGUUGCCCCGUUACUGACAUCUGUAUUGAAGGAUCCUAAGUAUUUCAAGAACCCUGAACAAUUUGAUCCAUACCACUUUUUGGAUAAAAACGGAUCUUUUAAGAGCAAUGAGGCCUUCCUGCCAUUUUCUGCUGGAAAGAGGAGUUGUCUCGGAGAGGGAUUAGCGCGCAUGGAGAUCUUCCUCAUGUUGACCACUAUACUGCAGAAGUAUAAACUAAAAUCCAAUAAAGCUCCAGAAGAUCUUGAAAUUACACCUGAACCUGGAAAAAAUGGAGCUGUAGCCAGAACUUAUCAGCUUUAUGUGGAACCCCGAUGA